GGUUAAUGUAUGGUCGUUUCUGAAGUUGAUUUCGAUUUCCAGAAGACCUCACUUUAGACGAUUAUUUGCUUCGAAAGUUUUGCCUUUGACAUGUUCAGUUUUGUUUCAUUUCUUGUCGUCCUUGUCCAUUUGGAAAAUACAGCAUGCCUGAAGAUACGCACCCCACUCCAAGAACCCGCAGCAAAGCGUCGACGGGUAGCGGAACAUAAUAACACAACUACUUCUUCCGCUUCCCGCGGCCGUGCUGCGUCUUGCCCACCAGGCCUCACGGCCUCGUCGGCUAUCAACAUCCCGAUGGCUUCAUCACAAGCAGGUCCUGUUCCUAAUCCGGACGGGAAACGGAAUCUAGAGCUGUCUGGAGCGCAUGAGUGCGCAGCACAACGGGUCGUAGAGGAAAAAAACGAGGUUUGCCUCGUGCUCAAGGGGUUCGGGAGUCGGAUGACGGCGCCGCUUUCUGGCGAUGAGCUCUUUCACUUAGCCAAGAAAAUUGUCGUUCCAGGUAAGAAAAUCGGAAAAGUGAUGUGGGACGGAGACCCGCUGAAGGGUAGCAGCUUCACGGCCGGGUUUCCAAAAUUUUUCGAACUCUUGGUCAGCUCGUCCGGGAAGAAUGAUCUACCCGAUCACGACCCGGACACAGGUGCAGCCGCCGGCUCCCGUGCAGCGACGUCUUCAAGCGACGAAACUACGUCCAGUAGGUUUGUCCAGGCACGACAUCUGAAGUUUCGUGCUAAGAAAGCGAGAACUUCACGCGAGGCGGACGCGCACGAGGAUGACUUCACGGCCACUGCAGCAGAAAAGUUUGCAGAAAUAUUCUUCCCGCACGUCGCGACAACGCGCGAUAAAAUUGCGACAGGCGGAGCGCUUAAUAAGCUGGACACGAAUGAAGAUCCCGCCCGCGAGAGGAGCCAUUGCUGCGUGGCCGACUUUGAUGUGACCGGCAUAGAUCUGACCAGCGCAGGAUUGGGUGGAGAAGGGUCUGCUUCUCCACUUUCUUACCUUGACAAGUACUCGGCCCUCGGUGUCACCUCGCUGCGUGAGGAGUUCAGCAACGGAUACGAGCUAGUAGUCCUUUGUCAAGGCGGGGGAUCGGUUGUUGCCGAAGAGUUUCAAGCGUGCAAAAAACUCGGUAUCCCCUCAACGUGGUUCGUUGUGGAUCUGUCGCGUCCGGGCAGGGAUGAUCCGGAAACCGUCGAGCGAUGCUCGCUGUUGCAUAGAAGAGCAGAAGAAACUGAAGCCGCGUCAUCGAUCGCGCUUCGGGCCGGGACUCUUGAAGUUAGGAAGCUUCACACACUUCUGCAGCAGGAGUGAGGUACCUGGAAGAUCAUUCUGAAAAACCAUAUGGUGUGCUUCUGUUGUACGUAGUAUUUUUGCAAGUUCCGUUCGAAUAUUCUUGGAAACCGAAUAAAUGUGAUCGUCGCAGGACUCGAAUUUUUUUUGCCUAUGCUAUUGCUCCUCAGUUGUUGAUGCCUUGGAGCAAUGUAGACGUGGUCUUGGAAAAAAAUGAGUACAAAAUGCCAGAACGAUCUCACCGUUCUCCGAAAUCGAUACGCGAACAAAAAUCUGGUUGAUGUUUUCUC